AGCGCUCUCACCCGGCAUCCCCAAGCAGAGAGGAUGGCCCGUCCUCUGCCAGACCUUUGCAGAGAAGCGCAACCGAUGGACCACGAGGACAGAGUCGAGUGUGUGAAAGUGAAGGAGGAGAUCCUGGACGAAGAGGCAGCCGGCCUGGAGACGCAGCGGCAGCACUUCCGCCGGUUCUGCUACCGAGAGGCCGAGGGGCCUCGAGAGGUUUGCAACCAGCUCUGGGAGCUCUGCCACCUGUGGCUGAAACCCGAGAGGCACACCAAGGAGCAGAUGCUCGAACUGGUGGUCCUGGAGCAGUUCCUGGCCAUCCUGCCGGCGGAGGUCCAGGGCUGGAUCCGAGACGUCGACCUCGAGAACUGUUCCCAGGCGGUCGCCCUGGUGGAAGAGUUUGUGCUGAGGCGGCGGGAGGAGGAGGAGAGGCUGGGCGGGCAGGUGCUGGGGCCAUUCAAAGAGGAGGCGGAUGAUUUCCCUGAGGCCGAGGAGGUGGCGUCGGACACCUGGCAGAGGGUGAUCUUGGGGGAGAUCAAGCAGGAGGAUGACGGAGACGCGGCCUCCCUAGGUGAUGAAAGAGCAUAUGGGGAGGAGCCAGAAAAUCCAGGAGAACUAGGACCCCAAGGGACGUUGUUGGGAAGAGCAGGGCAGAACAAUUCCCGCAGUCCUGAUCUGGGGGAAGCCUCCAAGAGCCAGCAGGGAAUCUAUCCCGAGAAGGAAAAAACGGUUUGUGCCCCACGGGGGUACCAGCAAGCCAAAGGGGUGACGGUCCCACCAAGAAUCCAAGACGAACGGUUGAAAAAAUGCUCCGAAUGUGGGAAAGGCUUUGUCUGGCGGUCCGAACUCGUUGAGCACCAGAGAUCCCACACAGGGGAGAGGCCCUAUUCAUGCUCGUACUGCGGGAAAAGCUUCAGCCGCAAAUCGUACAUCAUUAAGCACGAGCGGAUCCACACGGGGGAGAAGCCCUACAUCUGUUCUCACUGCGGGAAAGGCUUCAUUUCGAAAUCGGACCUCAUUAAGCACGAGAGAACCCACACGGGGGAGAAACCGUACAUCUGCUCAGACUGCGGGCGGAGCUUCAGCAGGAAGCAGUUCCUAGUGACCCACCGGCGGACCCACACGGGCGAGAAGCCCUACAAGUGCUCCGAGUGCGGGAAGAGCUUCAGCCAGCGCACGUGCCUGGUCAUUCACGAGCGAGCCCAUACUGGAGAGAAACCCUUCCAGUGCCUGGUUUGCGGGAAAAGCUUUGGCAGGAGGGACAUCCUGGUGACGCACCAGAAGCUGCACACCAGAGAGAAGGCUUUCCAGUGCUCGGACUGGCUGUGAAAGAG